CUCAGCUGGGUGUUCGUUUGAUCGAUGCUUUACCUUCUGGGUUCUGCUCUGUUUACAAAUUGCAGAAGAGAGGACUAUACUCUCACUUCACCUAGGCUCUUCUUCUACAGGCUUUAAAUCAAUUCGAGUCAUGGCUUCUACUGGAAUUGUGGCGAAGGCUGGCUACUCGCUCGACUUCAUCAGGACCAACCGAUGAGCCUGUUUAUUGGCUCCAUUCUAAUCUUAGAGAGCCCGCCUGAUUUGAAGUUGAAGGUUUUGGAUGCGCGUCAUGUCAUGGUACAUGCCUGAUGAGCAGAGGAAUCCGAUCCAAGAAUAUCAGGUUGCUCAUAUUAUUCCCGGUGCCCUCUUCUUUGAUUUAGAUGGAAUAUCAGAUCGAACAACAAGUGUAAGAAUCACUAUCUUCUCCUUUUACUGACGAUUGUAAAUAUCAUCUAGUAUUUUAUUGUGCUGCCAUUUCCUUCAUAAGAUGAGAACAUCUUGACUCUUUUCCGUUGAUAUCAUGCUAUUGUAACUUUCCAUGUUGUGUACCCUCCCCCCAUUAUACUUGUUUAUUAUGAGUUUCUUUGUGUGCUAUAAAGGCGACCAUCUAAUAUGAUAACAUCAAUGUCUGGUACAUACGUUACCGUCUGAGGAAGCUUUUUUCUGCCGGCUGUUCUGCUCUUGGAAUUAUUGAUAACAAUGAUGGAGUUGUUGUUUAUGAUGGGAAGGGGAUGUUUAGUGCAGCCCGUGUAUGGUGGAAGUUCUGUGUUUCUGGACAUGAGAAAGUAUGGGUGCUCGAUGGAGGUCUACCGAGAUGGCGUGCUUCGGGUAAUGCUAUUUUGAAAGCCAGUGCUGCAAGUGAGGCUAUUAAGAAAAUCUAUCAAGGACAAAUUGUCAGCCCAGUAACCUUUAAAACGAAGUUUCAGCCACACCUAGUGUGGACGCUUGAUCAGAUUUACGCUUUUUACACAGGUUUGACGGUACUGCUCCAGAGCCUCGUAAGGGAAUACGAAGCGGUCAUAUCCCUGGAAGCAAAUGUGUCCCUUUUCCUCAGAUGCUUGAUUCUUCUUCUCAAACACUCUUACCAACAGAAGACGCUGAAGAAAUGAUUUGAACAAGAAGACCAUUUUAUAUCAAGUUGAAGAACCACUUUCACAAUCUUAAUUUUUAUAAAGCAGUCCUAAGAUCUCUAGGCUUAUCACUGGACAAGCCUAUAAUGGCCUCGUGUGGCACUGUCUUAACAGCUUGCAUCCACCAGUUUUGUUUGAGAUUAUGUAUACGCAGUGGAGGUGAGAUUGGUUGCUUGCUCUGUGAGGGGCUUCAUCGGCUGGGGGAAACUGAAGUGCCAGUGUAUGAUGGAUCGUGGACUGAAUGGGCAACAGAACCAGACUUACCCAUGGAAGGUGAAGGUGAUGAAUCUUCUUCAUGAAAGUCCUAACAAAAGCCACUUAUUCACUUAUGAUUGGCUUGAAGCUAUCAAACAUACCAUUAGUCUGUGUUCUCUUUCGAAUAAAUCAGCAAACUUAAGUUUGUUUA